AUGGUUCAAAUUGAAAACGAUAUUAAAAUUAUGAAUAAUAAUCAUUAUUAUAGAUUCAUCUUAACAGGAAAUAAGAAUCGUUAUAAAUCAAUUGAGUAAAAUUUAGAACUCAAUAAAGAUGUAUAUUCAAAUAAAAAGUCUAACCAUAAAAAAAUAUCUCUCAUUCCAGGUAUAAACACUUUAUAAUAAUCAAUAUUUCUUUAGAAUCCUAGGUCUUUGACUAUUCUCAUAAUUUUGACAAUAAUUCAUUUGAUGUCCACUAAAUUAAAAAUAAAUCAGAAUCAAACUAAAGAGUAAAUACUGAAUUAAUAAGAUCUAAAUAUCAAUUAGAAAUCUAAAGUCAAAAAUCUGAUUUAAUGACUGCUUAUUAUUCAAAAUUAAGAUAAAGAGCUUAAUCAUAUUAAUAAAAAAAACUAGAAAAAGUAAUAUUAAUAUUGAAUAGAUAGCCCUUGUAGUUGACAUAGGUGAUUCACCAAUUUUCAUAAGAGAUUUAAAGAAAUCAAUUGAUUAUAGCCAGAGUUAAAAAAAUAAACAAAGAAAUAUGACUCAUUUCUAAUAAAAAACAAUCGAAACAUAAAAAUUCAUUAGUUAAUUGAAUCAUUUUAAUUAAGAACAAAUAAUGCAAUUUACUUUUGGAUUGUAAAAUAAUAAAAUGAACAGAUUGAUAUAAAAGUCUAAAUUUCCUAAAGAAAUCUUUCUUGGAGAUGUAAGAAAGGUUAAAAGAAUAUUUUAGUAACAAUGA